UACACACAUCACAACCAGCGUGUAAUGUGAAGCUCCAUUGCUUAACGGACUAUGAAAAUUAAUGUAAUUUGUAUGCAAGUAUAAGGAUUUGCGCGUGUUUGAAAAUCAUAACUAAUUUGGCUAGACUUGUGUAACCAGUUGCCAAAUGUAUCAAGCGAAUGCUGGUUUGGUAAGGCACCUUUGAAAUGAGGCAGGGCUAAAAUUCGACGCGAAAGUUAAUGCUGUCAACUUGAUAGCUUCUAUUAAUUCCUCUCCCUUCAAAAGUCAAACGAUACUCGUGUUGGUAACACUGAAUAGAAGUCGUACGCCUCGGUGGAAACAUUAGCCUACCUACCUAGUCAUGGACGAGGACGACUGUCCUGAGUUGGUACCCAUUGAAAAGACAAGUGGAGAUGGUCCAACCUCGCAGAUACCUGUCACGAUAAUCACUGGCUAUUUAGGUGCAGGAAAGACGACGCUAUUAAAUUACAUCCUAACCGAGCAGCACAGCAAACGAAUAGCUGUCAUCUUAAACGAAUUUGGUGAAGGUAGCGCUCUGGAGAAGUCUCUGUCGGUGAGCCAAGAAGGGGAGCUCUAUGAGGAGUGGCUGGAGCUGAGGAACGGCUGCCUCUGCUGCUCCGUCAAGGACAAUGGCCUGAAAGCCAUAGAAAACCUGAUGGAGAAGAAAGGGAAGUUUGACUACAUCUUGCUGGAGACCACCGGAUUGGCUGACCCAGGAGCGGUAGCCUCCAUAUUCUGGGUUGAUGCUGAGCUUGGGAGUGACGUGUAUUUAGAUGGCAUUGUUACGGUUAUUGAUGCAAAAUUUGCAAUGCAGCAUCUGACAGAGGAGAAACCAGAAGGUCUCGUCAAUGAAGCCACAAGACAGGUGGCUCUGGCAGAUCUACUGAUUAUUAAUAAGACAGAUCUUGUGAACGAACAGGAGUUGCAACAAGUGAGGGACACUGUGGGAUCCAUAAAUGGACUUGUUAGAGUGAUGGAAACACAGAAAUCAAAAGUUGACUUAUCCAAAGUGCUGGAUUUGCAUUCAUUCGACAUUCAAGAUUUAGCGAGGUUGACAGAGAAGCUACAAGUUUUGAGGUCUACACAUCCACACCUAGACAAGAGCAUCUUAACAGCAACAUUCGAAGUACCAGGAGAGGUGUUUGAAGAUCGUUUUAACCUCUUUAUCCAGGAUCUGUUAUGGGAGAAGAGCUUCAAAAACAAAGAGGGCUCAGCAAUGCAUGUCAUUCGCUGUAAGGGCAUCCUGUGUGUGGAGGGCAAGGAGAAGCGGGUGAUGCUGCAAGGGGUGCACGAGCUUUACGAGCUGGAGGAGACCCCCGAGGCAUGGGCCCCAGACGAGCCCCGAGUCAACCGCCUUGUCUUCAUAGGGAGAUACCUGGAUGGAGACAUACUGCGGACACAUUUCACCGCUACUGUCUUAAAGCAGGAUAGUAAGUCAUGAAAGACUGUAGGCUCUAAAGUUGGAUUGGUCUUGAACAGUAGUGAAGAAGGGAUUUACCGAGUGCAAGCUAUUUCCUGCUAUGAGAGCCAGACAAUCAGAUCUCAAUUUGAUACUUCAAGUCGGAGAUUCAUCUCCAGAGCACUUUGACAUGUCUGCCUAACACAGACUAAUGCCCAAACAAGGACAUUGAGGUUUUACAUCUUGAAAAGUAAAAUAGGGUCGCACCAUGUAUCAACUUUCUUUUCAUUAUUACAGAGACGCGUUUCGGCGUUCUGCCUUCCUCUGUGUGAUCCUCAGUGGUUUUCCAUCUUGAUAUUGUGUUUUGAGAAUAGGCAAGAGCAGGAUAGCAACUUCGCCAACUGUUUGACUUUUGUCUUUGCCUGGAAUGCUUUUUUAGCUGUUUAAAGUGAAAUAAUUUUAGUGGCAUAGAUCUAGGUGGAGUUUUUCUAGUUUUGUGGAUUGCUGAGUUUUGUGACUGAAUCUGAAUGUCAGAAUUAAAAUGAUAUAAAAAUA